AUGGCAAGAACAAAGAAGAAAGAUAACUAUAGUGCUACUCCACAAGAGUAUUACUCUGAAGAGGGUAACUCUAUUUUACAAGAUAAUGAAGAAAACAACAUUAACAACAAUAACAAUAAUAAUAAUAGUGGUUCUGCUAGUAAGAAAAAGAAUAGAUUUAAACACUUGAAGCGACCGAACAACAAGGCACUGCGGCCACUCCUCAGUUUGUUGGCUGCGCUCUCGCGUGACCUUCGCUCCGAGUUCUUCCCAUACUUUUACAACCCGAUCCUACCGACCCUCGUUUCACUGCUACUCGCACCGCCCGCCCAACACCAACAUCUCCAACAGCAAUCCGCCGAGAACAUCGAGCAACUAUUCACAUCGAUUUGCUAUCAAUUCAAAUUCCUUGAGAAACAGAUCACCAAAGAUUUCAUUACUUGUUUCCAAAGAUUUGCGGCGGAGAGUAUUGCUUAUCUCUUGAGAAAGAUACCGUUUGAGAAUCUACAGUCGACUUUGAAUGAGAUGUUUGCCAUCUCGUGGCAGAAGCAUAGAGAGUGUGGAGCCGGUGGUGAAUAUUUCGAUGCUUUCACAUUCCUUUUGUUCCAAAUGAUCAAGGGUACAAAGGGUAGAUUCCAUUCUAGAACAGAGUAUACCAUACCAAUGUUUUUUAGAACAAUAGAGUAUUUGAAUGAUGAUAGUCAAGAUGAAGAUGAAGAGAUGGAUGAGGUCGAGAGUGAAUCAACUAGCAGCAACAAUAAUAACAAUAACAACAAUCAAGAUAGAUCUAAACAAGUAAAGUUUGGACAAAGUGUUCUCCUACAAAUAUACCAACUCGUUAUUAGACAUGCCAAGAAUGAAAGCGAUAAUCUACAACCGAUCUGGAAGACAUUGAUAGCCGAGUCUGACACUCUCAACGAACAACUACAAACAAUCACUGAAUCAUCCAACUUUAUAUCCUCACAACUCAACACAUACUAUUCAAUCAUUCAAUCUUUUAUUUCAUUCAAAAGAGGUUGUCUUAUAACUGAUAUUAUUUCAAAGGUAUUGAAUAAAGAUACCUAUAAGAAUAUAGUUGUAAAGUAUGGAUUCGAUGUUGCAUCGAUCACCGCUGCCAUGUCCGGUCUGUUGCCACAGCUGCAUUUCAAUCGCUUCAAGGAGCACAAGGACAUGUUUUUGGGUUUGGUAGAGGUGUUAUUCACUCACUCCGAUCAACACUCGCAGUUGAAUAUCUUUUCGUUCUGUUUGUCGAUCGACAGACAAAGUCUGUUUGAAUCGUUUGUCAUUCAGCGACUCGUCAAGUAUCUCGAGAGGAACAUUGAGAAUCUCGACUUUGAGCAAACCAUUACAUUCCUGGUGCGUCUGAUUGCACUCGACCCGAACGGAGUCGACGGUCUAACUUCGGUAUCCGACUUCCCAAUCCUGCACAACACACCGAAAAUAGCUGCCAAACUCGAAAACUAUCUAAACACUGCCAGUGUCGACGAUUCCCUACUCUGGGCAGGUCUAGUACUGUCUCUCUCACUCGAAUACAAAGAUAGAUCGAUUAUCAAAGUUUUGGAAUCAUGUUUUACAAGAAUAACAAAGAGCAGUAGUAGCAGCAACAACAACAGCAAUAAUAAUAUUAUAUAUCUUCAAGGACAAUGUUUAGUUUCAAGAGUUGUCAUUGUGUCACGUGUAGAUUCAAGUCAAUUACAAUCACUUUUACCAACGGUUUUGGAGUUAUUAGAGAAGCAGCCAGACAACUAUUAUAUUUUGAAUGCCGCCUCCAUCUAUUUGGAUACUCUGAUACAAAACUACCAGUUGUCUGUCAACUUCCCAUCGUCUGGAAGUUCAGCUGCUGGCAGUGGAACGGUUAUCAAUAUUUCAAGUAAUAAGACAGCAACCAAAGUCGUACAACAACAAUCCAAUAAGAAACAACAAAAGCAACAAAAGAAACAGCUAGUUAGUUAUGAACAAUUCGAAAAGUUAAUCCCAUUGUUCAGCGAGAAUCUAUCGUCUAAAUCCAGCUCCAUUAGAAAAUCAUCGAUUCAGGUGAUGAUCCAUUUGCACAGUGCCACUCUCUACGAGGAGACCAGCGAGAAGGACGUUGACAUUGCUCGGUUGUUAGAGUAUUUACUGGAGAUUGAGAAUGCCGAGUUCCACAAGGUUGAGGGUCGUGCUGUCGUUGCAAAGAUGGACUCUUGUUUGACGUUGUUCACCUCUGGAAAUGUUGGAUUGCUCCAACAGCAUUUCUUUAACUAUCUACUCGGUGCUUUCUACAUCAGAUACACACCGCUGUGGGCAUCCGUACAAAAGUCAAUCAUCGCCAUUGCCAAAUCCAACGACCUCAUCAAGGAGUUCUACCCACUUUUCUACAAGCGAUUGCAGCUUUCCAACAACGAAGUGCUCGAGCAGAGCAAGAGUAAAGCUCAUGCCAAAGCAGCAGCAAAACUAGAGGAAGAACAACAAUCGAUAGUUGAACAAAUCAAUGAUAAUGAUGACCAAGAAGGAGAAGAAGUUGUUGAUGAAAUGGACUUGGCAGAAGAGGAAGAAGAAGAAGAACAAGAAGAGGAAGUAGUAGAGGAGGAUGAAUAUUUAAAUGAAAAUCAAUUCGAUGAAUCUUUAUUGAAAGUUGAUUUGUUGUUUGAAGAGAUAUUGGAGAUGUCUAAAGGUGCCAUUAAAGAGCGUUUGGGAUGUAAGAAUAUCAUUAAACAACCAACAACUGUCGCUGCCUACAAUGAAGUUCUCUGGAAGACAUUGUCACAGCUCGGACACUUGGUGGAGUCAUUCGCCAAGGAUAUCAUUAUGGAAUUCCUUGAUUUUGUCUCUAUUGACUAUCAUAGAUUCUCUGCGAUUUUCAAUCGUCCAUUCGAUGAGAAACACGGUGCUCUCAGUGAAUCGAAUCGUGAGCAACGUGGCUACACCAAGUCACAGGCCAACAUUAUCCUCACUUUCUUCCUGGAAUUCUUUGGCCAGCUGAAGAAACCGAUGAAGAUGUAUCGUAGUGCGCUGAUGCAAGAGAUCUUCUUGCGUACUUUGGAACUAGAUGAAUCACAGAUCCAAAUGGUUGGUCUGCAGUGUGUGUUGCUCACUCGUCCCAACUUGCAUCCCUACCGAAAGAACUUUGAAAGACUGAUUGGCGAUAAGACUAUGCGUGAUGAAAUGGUUAGUUUUGUCAUUGCUACUUCAUCGCCAACUUGCUCGGUUCCGCGUGAGCAGCGUCCAGAAAUCAUCGAGAUUGUCGUCAAGGUUCUGCUAUCCAAGUUGAACAAGCGAACUUCGGGUAGAACCACCAUCGACCAACAACGUGCAACCAUCUUCUCUUACCUCUCUGGACUUGAAAAACACGAGAUUCAACCAAUUCUCGAUCGUAUUUCAAAUUCAUUCCUUAAGUCCAUUCAAUUGUUACCUGCAUUCCCAGUUAAACAACUGGAUGGCGAUGAAGAAGAAUCAACAACAACCACCACCACAAACAAGAACAACAAGAAGAAUAAGAAACAAGAACUAGUUGCUAAAACUAUUUCAAUUGAUUCAUUCAAUGAAUCUUUGAAUUUGUUACCACAGUUUGACGCACAAGUUCAAUUCCUUAAUAUCUUGCAGCCUUUCACCAAACAGAUGGGUAUGCUCCUGGUAGAUAAGAUUGAUAUGAUCGUUCGUAUCUUGUUGGCAAUCACCAUCAAUGCUUGUCGUGAGCUUGGUUCAUCGACAUCCAAGACAAGCGAGAUAAGAUCACUCUCCAUUCGUAGAAUUGCCACUAUCGUUCAGCAAUUUGCUCAAGUCAAUUUCAAUCCACAUCUCACUGUUUUGUUCCAGAUCAUCACCAAGAUGCUCCCACAUAUCUCCAAGUACGGUCUGCCCAUUGGUAUCAAGCAGUUGAUUCUCAACGUAUCGCUCCAAGAGAAUCUUGUUCACCAUCUAACAACAGACAGUGAACUGCUACCCAAGUUGUUCUCAUUCAUCUCUCACGGACCGAUUCAGUCCGACAUUCUUACACUCAUUGAGAACCUGUUGGUCAACGCCGACGAAUCGGAAGUCUACCGUGUCAUUCUCACUCCACACGUCGACACUAUCAUCACAUCGGUCAAGUCGAUCUUGUAUCGUCGUCAGCGUGUCGACAUGGACGGACAAGUCGUCAAGCCAACCAUUGGAAACAUCUCGCGUCGUCAACUCUUUAUUCUCGCUGAGUUGUCGCGAUAUGCCAAGAACCCAGAGCAAGCCAGCCAGCUUCUCGAUCUGCUCGUUCCAUUCUUCAAGUCUGGCAAUGCCAUGCUCAAGAAGAUCAAAUCCGACAAGGAUAUGGUCAUCUCUAUCCUCACCAUCUUCAAGAACAUGAUUGAGUUUGUCAGCAAUCCAGAGUCACACAUCGGGCCAUUGUCAGCGCUGUUUGCCAGUUUCACAAGUAGAGCAUCGCGUGAGAUUCUCGUGGAGGUCUUCAAAUCGAUUGCCACCAAAGUUCCAUCGAUCAAAUCGAUCAUCAAGCUGCUCACCGAUUUGAAUGCAUUCAAUCCCAAGAUGAUUCAAGACACCUACGAUUUCGAACCACGUCUGAAAGCCUUUGCCAAGUCGAACGAACAACUGGAUAAAUACGAUCAACUCCAAUUGCCAUCCGUUUUGAACAACUAUGUAUUCUACUUGUUGGACAACGAUUUCUCGAUUAGAGCAUGUGCUGCAUCCGACAUGGCUAUUCUCGCCGGUGACAAAGGUUUCUUUGCCAGUUUCACACAUAUCCAGUUGUCGAAGCGUCGUUCUGCAUUCACAACACUGCGUGACGUGAUCAAGUCGAAGACCAAUGAAUUCAAGGUAUCUACAGUGGUGCAGUAUCUCAUUCCCAUUUGUUUGGCAACCAUCCAAGAGACCAACAAGAAGGAAUCGUCGUAUCUUGGUGAGGUUUGCAAAGCGAUCGGUGAGCUCUCCGCUCGUCUCGACUGGCGUACCUACUACCAGGUGAUUCGUACCAUUCACAAAGCGAUGGAGAAGCAUCCAAUCAAACAAAAGUUCUUGCUUCGUGCACUCUGCGACGUGUUGGAUAACUUCCAUUUCUUCUUGGACAAGAAAGAGAUCUCAAAGGAAGUGAUUGAAUCGAUCAAGAAGAAGAAAGCACAAAUUAAGAUUGUCAAGCUGGACACUGGCAAGAAAGAUAAAGAAGAGGAUGACGAGGAGAAUGAUGAUGUCGAAGAUGACGAUCGAUUCAAAUCUGAAGGUGUUGUUGAUAUUGCUCAAACAAUGAUGGUUGUCAACGUCCAGGAAUCUGUCAAAGCACGUAACAUAAGUGAAGAGAUUCAUCAAGCAAUCGUACACGUCUUGGUGCCGGAACUCGAGAAGUUCUUGAUUAUCACAAAGAAGAAGCAUGGUACCACUUUGGAGCGUACCUCCAUGAUUGAUGUCAAUGUAUCAUUGGCAAUGUUCAAGCUUUACAGUCUGCUACCGGAUGAGUCCAGUAAAGUUCUCUACCCGCCAUUGAUUGGUAAGGUUGUUGGUGAGUUGAAAGCCAAAAAUCUUCAGACACGUGAGUCGGCUCGUGAGACACUGACUAAACUUCUGGAGAUGUUGGGUGUUCGUUUCUUCCCGUUCAUUCUUCACGACCUCAAAUUCGUGUUGAAAUCCGGUUACAUGAAGCAUAUCCUCGUGUACACCAUUCACUCGUUGCUACUCCAACUGGUGAGAAACAAGACUCCUGCCGGUCAGAUCGAUUCUCAAUCCAAGCUGAUAAUGGAUAUCAUUAUCGAUUAUCUAUUCUUGGAUAUCUCGAUUCCAAAGGAUUCAAUCAUUCAAGACAGCUAUAUGGAAGCGAAACAACCAAGAGUGAUGGAUGCACUCAAAGUGUUGGUGAGUCUCACUCACUUUAGCAGUAUCCAAAAGAAUAUCAUCAAACCACUCGAAGAUAUUCUCCAAGAUUCCACUUCACCCUCAUUCCUCAGCAACGUUCAGAAGAUGCUAAGUAAAGUUGCCAAGGGUAUCUCAAUCAACCAAAGUGUAAAUUCAAAAGAUCUACUCAUUUUCAUCUAUCAACAAUUCCAAAAAGGUGAAAAGAAACUUGAUGUUACCAAGAUUGAAAAACAAGAGUUAAAGAAGAAACAAUCUGCUAAACCUACUUUUGAAGAUACUUUCUCAAUUCAAGACGAUCCAAACAAGAAGAGAGCGGAAAUGAUCAAACGUGUUCAAUCGAAUCUCUAUAUCUACACUGAUUUCGCAUUGAUUCUCAUGUUUAAUCUCUUGGUGCAUAACGACAAGAUCAACACUCUCGAAUAUCUUCAGAUGAUUGAUCCAAUGGUACCGAAUCUCAUCAAAUCGAUUGAGCAUAAGAAUUCAAAGAUUGUUGCACUUUCAAUUAGAUGUUUUAAUCAAAUUCUAAAUUAUGAAUUGCCAACAUUGAAAUCAAAGAUCAAUUCAGUGAUGCUUUUGAUUCUAAAGAGACUUCAAAUGGAUCAGAGCAAUGAAGAGCUCACUACCUAUUGCUAUGAGAUCAUCAUUCAGAUUCUAAAGGAUCCUUCCAAUCAAUUGGUAAAUGAACAACAACUCCGUGGUAUUCUUUCAUUGACCAAACAACUCUUUACUGAGACUGAAAUCAAAGUUACCAAAGCAAUUAAAUUAUUACAUGUAUUGAUAAAGAGAAAGGUUUUGUUGACAGAGAUCUAUGACCUUGUUGAUCUUGCCAGUAAUAUGUUGGUUAGAUCACACACUCUUCUCAUUCAAAAUCAAUUGAGUGAUUUGAUGCUCGACUUUUUGAUCUACUAUCCAAUGGGUGAGAAACGUUUGAAACAACAGUUGACCUUCUUUGUUAAGAAUCUAAACUACGAGUCUGAGGAUGGUAGAAUGGCAGUCUUGAAGAUGUUGCUCAAGAUCACAAGGAAAUUCCCACAGCAAGUACUGAACACCUACUCACAAAUCAUCUUUGUUCCACUCAUUCGUGCCGUCGACUAUUUCAACUAUCCUCAUAUCUGGGUGAGAACUUCUGUGGCCAGACUUUUCGGUGCGUUCUUUACCAACCAGAAAUUCGACCAACUCGUUCCAACCAUCAAUAAGUUGUCAUCAACCAAAUCCAAACUCACCGAUGUACAAUCAUUCAUUUUCAGUCCAACCAAUCUCUUUGAGGUGACAAAGAAGACAUGCUCAACACUCAACAGCAAGUUGCUGGGUGACGAUCUCGGUGCUCAAGUUGUCAAGAACCUUGUAUUCCUCUCUGUUGUCUUCUUAAAGUGUCAGACAAUUCGUCCAGCUUCUGAUGACGAUGAGAAUGAAGAUGACAACAUCGGUGAUGUUGUUGAACAAACAAAACCAUUGGUUGAAGAAAAUCCAAAUAACAAUAUGUCAUGGGGAUUCGAUGAUGAAGAACAACAACAACAAUCAUCUUCUACCUCAAAUAAACAAGAAGAUAAUAUGCAAGUAGAUAACGAAGAAGAAGAAGAAGAGGAGGAGGAAGAAGAAGAAGAAGCAACAACAACAACUAUUUCAACAUCCAACAACAACAAUAAUAAUAAUACUGGAAAUGGUGAAGAAUACCCGAUGUUGCUUUGGCUAUUCAAGAGAUUGUCAUAUAUGUCUUCAAAACUUGGUUAUAUGAGAAGAAAAUAUAUUUUCAGAUGGAUGGCUGCGAUGGCAACUCAAUUGUCAGUGGAUAAACUCAAACCUUAUCUACCACUGAUGUUGUUGCCACUCUACAAGACAACAUCGGCUGCCAACUUGAAGCAGGAUGAAGAGGAUUUGAAGUCACUCACCGAAGAGGUACUGAGAAUCGUCAAGAAGAAGGUCGGAGGGCCAACUUUCUCCAUUGCCUACAAAGAGGCGGAGUCGAACGUUCAACAACAACGUAACGAACGUAAACAACAGAGAAUCAUUGAUGCCGUUGCCAAUCCAAAGGAAUAUCAAUUGAAGAAAGCUCAACAAAGAAAGAAAGCUCAAGCAUCCAAGAAACGUAAGGAUGCCGAAUACCGUGAUUUAAUGGAUGACAGAAUUAACAUUAAAGUUCCAAGACAAUUCUUAGACGAUAUCGAAAACAACAAUUAA